AGUUGCCAUGUGUGUUCUCCCUGCCGCCGUCCACUGCUCCUCUGCCAAAGGUGGUGAGCCGCCGGUGCCACCGCGCCACCACCCCUUCCCCACGCCGUCGACGGCUGCGGCAGUGACGCCGGCCGGCCGCGACCUCGUCCCCACCGCAGGAGACGGCGGCCUCGUUAAGACGCACCGCAGGCGCUCCGCCGACGAGGAGAACGACAUUCGCUGCCGGGACUUCACCGAGGGCAACCCCGAAGACAACAGCCUCCGGUCGCCCUACUUCCCCAACACCUACCCCAACAACACCAACUGUGUGCGCAUCCUAGACGGUAAGCGGCCUUUUUGCUGA